AUGAUGUUGAAAAGGAUAUCAGACCAAUCAUCAGAUGGAAGUCGAAUAGAUUUUCAAAUAAGGAAUCAUCAAGGACCGGGAACAUACAUUUUCGGUUUUGAUACUGGACAUGGAAAAAAUCGACAGUACAAAAUGGAAGAGCGUCAUCGAGAUGGAAGCGUCAAAGGUCGAUAUGGUUUUUAUGAUGUAAAGGGAAAUCUUAAAAUUGUCAACUAUAUAGCGGGUCCCGAUGGUGGUUAUCAAGAACGUCAUCACGAAACCGUCACUUAUAAAUCUGAAACUUAA